CAAAUAUUAUGAUAAGUUUCCACAAGGGCAUUUUCGUCAUUCUGUGGUCAGCAAAGUCAAAAGCUAAACUAAGAUCUUCUCCGUCCGACAAGAUACAAAGACACGAAACACAAAUGCCCUAUUUAAUGCAAAGAUCACACACACACUUAGCCUCAUUCACUAAGAUCCUUAAUUGGAUUGCCUUCAUCAGAAUCUUUCUCCCUUGAGAGUUCUAGGAGAUCUUCAACAGGUUCGACAAUACAUUUAUAUACACACAUGCAAAUAUUUAUGCACGUAUGUUUCUGCUCAUACACACGUUAACAAGUUCAUUUAUAAUCAUGAAUCUAAUUAUGGAUCAAAAGUGUGUUUGAUUUAUACAUUAUCUUUAGAUUGAUGAACUUUUUUUUGGUCAAAGAUUGAAGCAAUUCUAUAUGCUUAAUUCUCUAGGUUAUUUUUAUUUUUUCAAUAAUACUUUCUACGUACAUAACAAUAUUCGUGUUAUAGCUAGUAAUAAUGGGGCGAUCACCAUGUUGCGAUGAGAAUGGUCUAAAGAAAGGGCCAUGGACACAAGAGGAGGAUGAUAAACUGAUAGAUCACAUUCAAAAACAUGGCCAUGGCAGCUGGAGAGCUCUUCCAAAGCAAGCCGGUUUAAACCGAUGCGGAAAGAGUUGUAGAUUAAGAUGGACCAACUACUUGAGACCUGACAUCAAGAGAGGAAAUUUCACUGAAGAGGAAGAACAAACUAUUAUCAACCUCCAUUCCCUUCUUGGAAACAAGUGGUCGUCGAUAGCCGGUAAUCUUCCUGGAAGAACGGACAAUGAAAUAAAAAACUAUUGGAACACACAUUUGAGAAAGAAACUUCUCCAAAUGGGGAUUGAUCCGGUGACCCAUAGGCCAAGAACCGACCAUCUAAACGUUUUAGCAGCUCUCCCGCAGCUUAUAGCCGCCGCAAAUUUCAACAGCCUCUUGAAUCUCAACCAAAAUGUGCAACUGGAUGCAACAACUCUUGCUAAAGCUCAACUGCUACACACUAUGAUUCAAGUCCUUAGCACCAAUAACAACACCACCAAUCCUUCUUUUUCUUCAUCAACUAUGCAAAACAGUAACACCAAUCUCUUUGGCCAAGCUUCUUACUUAGAGAACCAAAAUCUUUUUGGUCAGUCUCAAAACUUCUCUCACAUUCUUGAGGAUGAGAAUUUGAUGGUCAAAACCCAAAUUAUUGAUAACCCUUUGGACUCUUUUUCUUCCCCCAUACAACCCGGUUUUCAAGAUGAUCAUAAUUCACUCCCUCUAUUGGUUCCGGCGUCUCCUGAAGAAUCUAAAGAAACUCAAAGGAUGAUCAAGAACAAAGACAUCGUCGAUUACCAUCAUCAUGAUGCUUCAAACCCUUCAUCAUCAAACUCAACGUUUACACAAGAUCAUCAUCACCCAUGGUGUGACACUAUUGAUGAUGGAGCAAGUGAUUCUUUUUGGAAAGAGAUAAUAGAGCAAACUUGUUCGGAACCAUGGCCAUUUCCUGAAUAGACAAGAUUGAAAAAUGAUUAAAGAGAGAGUAUAUUUAUUUUUCUUGUUAUUUGUUGUCGAUAGAGUUAAAAGCAUAUUUAUUCUUCACUAAUCCUUACCGUGUUUUUUUUGUAAGACCAUGUGUGUGUGGUAAACAUUGAUCUUGUACAAACUUGAUUACAUUACUGUAUUAAUACAAAUAUUCGUGUUUGUAAUUACUUUCAUAAAUCUAAUUUAUCUGCUUUACAAAAAAAAUACAAACGUUGAUUUCUUUUUGUUUUCAAAUAUAUAAAGUACAAAGACGAACGCAAAUAUAUUCUUCCAUUUGAUUUCUUAUUAAAUUAAAAAGUAAAUAUACUAUCUACACGUAAACGCAUACGCCAAUGCAAUAAAAACAAUUUGUCUCCUAUUAAUUAUAAUCUAGUCAACACGUAAAAAAC